AUGGGCCGACAAUACCUCAAGGAAGUUAUUGGCUUGCCGGGGCUUAAGGCAGCUCCUAGCGUCAAUGUCCCCGCCGUCGUUAAAGAAGUGAUUGAAUCUAUUCGCAAGGAGGGUGAUGUCGCCGUGAGGAGAUACUCCGAAAAGUUCGACAAGUGGUCACCACAGAGCUUCAGGCUGUCUCAGGCUGAUAUCGAUACUGCCAUCGCCAAUUGUCCCAAGCAAACCCUUGAUGAUAUUAAGGAAGUCCAACUGAACGUGAGGGCCUUUGCAGAAGCACAGAGGGGCUCUAUAAAAGAUUUUGAGGUCGAAAUCCGACCUGGAGUGCACCUGGGACAGAAGAAUGUUCCGAUUGAUAAUGUCGGGGCAUAUAUCCCUGGCGGUCGGUAUCCCCUCCUUGCAUCGGCGCAUAUGACCAUUUUGACUGCUAAGGUUGCUGGUGUCAAGAACGUCAUUGGCUGCACGCCGCCAAUCAACGGAGAGAUUCCGUACAGCACCGUUGCCGCUAUGCACUUAGCAGGUGCAGACGAAAUCUUCCUACUAGGAGGUGUUCAGGCAGUGGCUGCAAUGGCAGUGGGCACUGAGACCAUCCGGAAGGUGGAUUUCCUUGCGGGACCUGGCAAUGCCUUCGUGGCCGAGGGCAAGAGGCAGCUCUUUGGAGAAGUCGGCAUCGACCUCUUCGCUGGUCCCACUGAGAUUUUGAUUUUGGCCGAUGAGACUGCCUCUGCGUUUACUGUGGCAACGGAUUUGAUCUCUCAGGCUGAGCAUGGCCCCGAUACCCCGGCGGUGCUGAUCACAACCUGUCCGGAGCUCGGAUACAGCACCAUGGAAAUUGUGAACCGCCUCCUUACCUCUUCUGAUUUAUCGACCGCGGCGGUCGCUAAGACAUCAUGGGAAGCAUUUGGAGAGGUUAUCGUCGUCGACACUGUCGACGAAAUGUGGGAGCUUGGCAACCAGUAUGCCAGUGAGCACGUCCAGGUCUUCACCCGGAACCCGCGCGAUGCUUUAGAACGGAUGACCAACUAUGGUGCACUGUUCCUUGGUGAAAAAACAUGCGUUUCUUAUGGAGAUAAGGUUAUCGGCACAAAUCAUGUCCUUCCUACUCGCACCACCGCCCGUUAUACCGGCGGCCUGUGGGUUGGCAAGUACCUGAAAACCUGUACCUACCAGGAGGUCACCUCUGACCAAGCCAGUGGUGAUCUUGGCAGACUCUGCGGACGCGCUGCCCGGGCAGAGAACUUUGAAGCACAUGCCCGCUCUGGUGACCUUCGUGCCAAUAAGUACAAGAAUGAUGAGAUUGGGUGGAUUGAGAAGUCGCAAGUGGCUAACGGAAGCCGUCUAUGA